UUAAUUAAUUAUUUAAAUAUGUUUAAUUUAUUUUCAAUAAUUUUUUUACUUAAUAUAAUAAUAAAAGUUCAUUUGGAAAAGCUGGAAGACAAAAAUUCAACAGUGUACCCCUUAUCAAGUUCAAAAUGCUUCCACAGAGAAUCCUUUGACUGUCCUCAAGUAGAAAAUCUAAAUAAUUGUCCUUGUAAAAUAAUUAAAUUUUCUGCAGAUGAAAUAAAUCCAAAAAUUGGUAUUUAUUGCUGCAAUUUAAAUUCAGAAACACUGAUUUCAUCUCUUGAAUGUGCUAAUUUUUCAGUUAAUGUUACUGAUAUUCACAUAAGAAAUGCUACAAUUAAAUCAUUUAAUGUCAGUGAAGCACUAUGGAAAAAUCUUGAAUCAUUAGCAAUAACCGACGGACAAAUUAAUAAUAUUAAAGGUCAAUUUAAUAAUGAUACAAAAAUAUCUUGUUUAAAUCUAUCAAACAACGCUCUUUCAAAAUUUGACAAUAAUUUUAUAGCACAGAUGAAUUAUUUAGAAAAUCUUGAUUUAUCAUUUAAUAAUAUAACAGAUUUACCAACAUUUAGUAGAAGUCUUACAAUAUUGGAUAUUUCUGGAAUGAGUACUAUUCCAUGUUUAGAAAUAAAACAAGCUAUCGAUAGAGACGAAAGCUAUACUCGUCGAUUAUCUUUCAGAAAUCAAAAUACAACUGUUUGCUCUGCUGCUACAGAUUGGACCUGGUUUAAAGCUGCUGAAAGAAUAUCUAUUGAACUACUACUUCCUGAUAUCAGUGAAUGUCCAAAGGGUGAAAAUUGGCGCUGUAAAUGUACUUUUAAUCAAUUAAUCAAAAUAACGCCUGGUUAUCCUAUAUUCAGAACUAUCAAUGUUGAUUGUAGUAAUAAUAACUUAACAGAGUUACCAAAAAAACUUCCACCUUACACAAUUAAUCUCGUAGUUUCUCACAAUAAAAUCAAAAAAAUAGAUGACAUUGUUACAAAUCCAUCUUAUAAAUAUUUGAUGAAUUUUACCGCUGACUACAAUGAAAUAUCGUCAAUAAAUAUUCUUGAAGGGUCACGAUUUGUAGAAAACUUUGAUUCUUUUUCUUUACGAUUCAAUAAACUUAAAUCAAUUCCGACCCAUGUUUUGAUACCAGUUACAUACAAUGCUUCAAAUGAAGUGAAUGGUAACGUAUCUUUAGGUGGAAAUAAAAUACUGUGUGACUGCUAUGCAGCGAAAUAUCUAAAAAAUUGGUUUGAGGUGAAUAUUCCAGACGGCGAUGAAGUUAAUUGCAGUAAUUCUGUAGAUCGUGUAAUUGAUUUAAAUGUUAUGAAAAUGUGUAAAUUUGAUGACGAAUCGUCUGAUUAUAUUUAUUGUAUUAUUGCCAUUGAAGUGAUUUUAUUGAUAACUAUUUUAAGUAAAUUAUUGUUCGAUUAUUGGUAUUAUAAAAAAAAUAGAAAACUUCCUUGGUUUUCUAGAAUAAUGCCUAAGACACGUUUUGACUGGCUUUUUGAAUUUUAUUUAUAA